AUGACUACACAGAGUUACGAGAAGAAAACGAAGGUGAAAAGAUCGUGGUGGUUUGAGGAAGAAGCAAACUUGCUGCUAAAUUUGUUAAAAGAUGAAAAGAUAUCGAAUGAAAUGGCUAGUCUUCGGAAUCUUGUUGGUACUCAAAAUGAACAUUUACGAUCAAAAUUAACGCGUACACUUACUAUGGUCUCAGUUAUUUUUCUCAUUCUCUAUUUUCCACAUGCUAUAACUCAAUGUGCACAAUAUCUACUCAUUGUUAUUCAUUCAAAAUGCAAUCUUAAAUUUAUAUUAACACUUCGAAUACUUUCAAGACUAUGUGAAUUACUCAAUAUAGCUGCAUUGGGUAUAAAUUUUUUUUUGUAUAUACUUGGUGUAACAGUUUAUCGAACAGCAGCCAUUCAAAUGUUACAUUUAGACAAUUUUUCCGUAUUUGAACGUUUAACAUCUGAAAAUAAAUCAUUAGUAUCUACACAAAAUCGUUCACUUAUUUCACGUACAUCUCGACAAAUGGAUACACUUGAUGGUUUUAUACAAUCACCAGAAAAAAAUAAACGAAAACAUCUUUUUGUGAUGAAUAAUUUACCAAAUAAUGGUAGUUCAUUAUCAUCACCGUACUUACUUGAACAUCGACGAACAAUUGGCGAAGAUGUACAAAAUAGUGUGAUCUUAUAA